AUGUCUCAUGGAAAAUGGUUGCCGGCUGUACUGGCAUGUGCGGCUCUGGUACUUAUCACCCUGCAUGCUGUGCCAGCGCGUCAGUCGCUCCUGUCAAGGGAGAGCACGCGCAAGGACUUGCAGGAAGAAGCUGAGUACAAGAAGAUGUGGAGCAGGAUGGACUCAGCGGAUGAGGCCACGGCAAGGAAGGUGGAUAUGCUGCACAAGGAGCGGUAUGAGCUGGGGGUCGGGACGCGGUAUGCUUCCUCGCAUGCCGCGAGCAUGUUUGGUGGUGCACCCCAGCGGGACAGGAGGGCGGAGGAGUUGCGGAGGAGGUUCGUGAAGGAGGUGGGAGAGGAGGAGGGGAGGAAGGUGUCCCUGCAUGCUGGGAGACGAGAGGGAGACGAAGACGAGAGGAAGUCCGAGGACAGCUUCUUCGACCGGCUGGCAGGCAGCAAGGACGCAGCACACGAGGCCGUGGAGGAGGAGCAUGCGAGGAAGGAGCGAUGGCUCGCAGCCGUCAAGGCGCAUGUCAAGCAGGCAGCGGAUCGGAAUCAUAGGAGGGACAUGCGAUACUGGGACAAAUUGGAGAGGGAGGAUCGUGCGAAGGGCUCGGAGCACUCGAGCAGGAUCAUGUCGCAGCAAGAACGAAAGGAGUUCCAGGAGGAGGAGCGUGAGAUCGCAAAUUCCGUCAACACGCAUGCGCAACCGAAUCACGCACAAGAGAAGACAGGAGCAGGAGAGACAGAGGGGGCGCGGCAACAUGUCAGCCGGGUUGUGCGUGCCGAGCAGCAAGUGAAGCAUGCUCUGUCGGCCACGAGAAAUGUUGAAGAUGCUAGUCAGGCUCCUGUCGACAAGAAACAACUCGCUGCCGCUCCAUCACAUUCCGACAAGUUACAGGAUAACGGGCGGGGCCUUGCUAAGAAGUCUCGGGGACAUGGCGGGUCUCUGAGAGAGGAGGAUGGAGAAGAGGAAGCGAGGAGAGAUGAGGAGAUGAAGAGAAGGGAGAUGAGAGAAGAGAAAGAGGUCAAACAAAGGGAACAACACGAGAAACAAAUCAUGAAGCACACAAGGUCCUCGUCGUUGAUCAAACAUCGCCACAUCGCCAUCAAGGAUCAACUGGGCGACGACCUCGAACGAUUCAUCGACAGUAGACCAGGAGUCAAAGUCUCAAAUAAUGUCGACAAGCUGCUGAGAAGCAACAAGAUUGUCAAUCCCCAGCAAGAAGCUGUUCGUAAGGAAGUUCGCCAGGCCACACAGGGCUCCUUCAACCUUGUGGGGCUGCUGGACAACCUCUUCUAUGGGACGCCGCUGCCGAGGGCGAGGAGGAGCGAAAAGUUUGCGGGCAGUGAGGGAGGAGGGAGGAGGGGGAGGGGGAAAGAGGAGUCAGUCAAUCAGAAUCUCUUCGGCUUCUUCGACGACGAUAAGCAGCAUAAGAAGAUGAAAAUCCUCCGCACUCGCCCCGCUGGCUUCAAGCAGAAGUACAACGUGUACAAGUACAUCGAGUGA